AUGCUGUACGAGGCCAUGCUCAUCGCUGUGGUCGCUCUUGAUUGGGGAGACAUCCUCGAUUCGCCUGAUCGCUACCGCAAGUUGCAGGGCGUGCUUGCGUUGGAAGAGGGCGCAGACGACGACUCGAUUGCCAGCUGCAUGGUCGCUGCUUUUGCAUUUCACUUUGCUGCGCUUCGACAGGCUUCUGCGCUCAACGCUGCUCCGCCGCCCGGCGAGGGCGACGACGCCGGCCGCGAGGCCCGGAGCGAUCGCAUGCGCAGCAUCCUCCGGCUUGUUGCGAAAUCGAUGCAACUUGUCCAGCACGCCACCAUUGUUGCUGCUGGGGGCGAUCUUCGCGUUCCGCUCCUCGCUGGCAUCCUCGUCAUGUGGUCGGUUGCCUUUGCUGGCCCCGCACACGCCGAGAUCGUCGACGUUGCCGAGAACUGUUUCACCGACGCUCUCGCUCUUCCCGAAGAUGUGCCCGGCAGCGAGCUGCGCGGCGAAGCCCAUCUCUUCCUCGGUCACAUCCACACUUCGCGGGCGACAGAGCUCCGCGAGGCUGACUGUCCAGCCGACGCCGACGCUGCCAUGGACGACGCCGCCGCCGCCAUCGAGGCCUUUCUCGCCACCGCGCCCGACUGCCACUGGUACACCGCGCUCGCCUCGCUCCAGCUGGCAACUACUCGGCUGCUCAAGCACGAGACAUCAGACGACGCCAUCGCCAACGCGCCUGACGACAUCCGGGCCGGCAUCGCCGACCUCACCCGCUACCGCGCCGCCAUGCGCCUGCUCCGCAUGUGGAACCCGGGCCAGCUCUCGCCCGACCCAGCCACUGUCCAAACCAUCCGCGUCUACGCUCACAUCUCGACGCGUCUCCCUCGCGCCAUUCCGUUCUCGCCCUGCUGCAUGCCGACCUGCGACACGCUGCCGGCCGCCGUCAGCCUCACGGUCGACAACGCGUGCCGGACCUGCGCCGCCGUCUACUGCUCCGACGCAUGCAAGGCCGCCGAGGCCUCCGCACACGCGCAGCUCUGCGCCGCCGAUCGAGACCGCGCUGGCUCGGUCACCUCCUCCCGCGGCUGGGUCAAGUCCGCCAUCGCCCUUGUCGCUGUCGCCAUCGUCGCCAUGUGGCUCGCCCGCUUCCUCGCACCAUUCCUCUUUGAUUUUACCGCCCUCGCCCGUGCCCUCGCCGACUCGGACAACAAGCCCGAGCUGUGACUCGUUCCUAAAUCCAAACUCACCGCCC